AUGUUGCAAUAGGAAUUCAUUUUUCAAUGCAUGCAAUCAAAAAGUGGAUCAUUUGAUUUUGCAACCAUCUUUUUAUCAUGUAAAUAGAUCUAUUCUAUUUUAGCUCUAAAAUCCGGUUAUAGCUAUCCUUAUGGUUUGUUUGCAACCCACUUCGAAAAGGUAAUAAAAAGAAAUCUCUCAUUAUUCUUGAAGAAUUUAUCAAAGCAUAUAUUUUAUUAACUUGAAUUAUUUACUGGUUCAGAAAGUUUAGAAAUUGUUAAAUUCUAGAAAUAUGCUUACAUGACAAAAAUCAAUUUACAACAAAAGCAAAGAUAUAUAAGUGUUAUAAAGCCAUUUUAUAUAAUAAUAUACAAUGAAAAUUGA